CAUUCUAUGUGACGUCUAGCUGGUUAUAAAUCGGACUCAUACGGAGCUACGGAGCGAUGCGUGCGCGGUUGUGUUUCAUAUACAACCAAAUCGCGCCUCGUCAGGAAGGACAGCUAAAGCAUAUCCGCGGUGCACGCUCUCGCUUGGGCUCCUUAGUCAUCGCCCCCGCUCUUUCGGCUUUCGGGACAUUCCCACGCUCGAUCCACGUCAGCAAGAGGUCGUUGGACAGCGAAAUGGACUCAUAAGCAUCAUCAAAUAGCUCAACCCAUCCAUAUUCCACUCGACUUUGCCUCACAAUUCCCAACCCAAAAACACCCUCAUACCAACACUCUACUAAAACAUUUCAAAAUGGUCAAGGCUGUCGCUGUCCUCAAGGGAGACUCCCCCGUCCAGGGAGUGAUCACCUUCGAACAAUCCGAGAACGGAGGUCCCGUCACCGUCUCGGGCGAGAUCAAGAACAUGGACCCUAACGCUAAGCGAGGGUUCCACGUCCACCAAUUCGGUGACAACACCAACGGAUGCGUCUCUGCUGGACCUCACUUCAACCCCCACGGGGUCACUCACGGAGACAGGACCGACGAGAAGAGGCACGUCGGUGACUUGGGCAACGUCGAGACUGAUGGUUCCGGUGUCGCCAAGAUCCAGCUCGAGGACUCCCACUUGACCUUGAUCGGACCUCACUCGAUCAUCGGUCGAUCGGUCGUCAUCCACGCCGGAACCGACGACCUCGGCAAGGGCGAUACCGAGGAGAGCUUGAAGACCGGAAACGCUGGUGCCCGAAGCGCCUGUGGUGUCGUCGGUCUUACCCAGUAAACUUUUCUUGCCGCGUACGAGUACAGGGCGAGUCGGACGAGUUUACCAGGGAACCUCUUGGUUGUGACAUCAUGUUGAAAUGAAAGGUGAAAAUCAAUGGAAUUGAACAUACGUAGGAAAGUGGUUGCGGGUUGCAUUUCCUCAAUAAACCAGGCGGGUUUCAGGAUGUAUGAGUGAGACCGCGAGGCAGAUUGUGUAAGACUGAACGAAUCUAUCUGCCUUCUGCUUAUUAAGCAGUCGGACUGUUGGAAAGCCCUUGCAUGAGUUUGAGUACCAUUGAUUGCGAUCACGCCUCCUGUAGCGCCUUUGAAAUGUCGAUUGCAACCAACGUUGGAGGCAAUUACUUCCGGCCGACCCACUCAGGCCUGGG